CGUUAAUAUAUGUAUAUGGGCUGUAGAUAUCUUUUGGGCUUGUAUAUUAUUUUACCCUUUAUCUUGUAAUUAACUUGUAUAAAUACUUCUACUUAUUCUAUUGAAUAAACAAGGGGGAAUUAACCCUAAUAUUCAUUCGGCUAUACUGCCCUCUAUUCAACAUGGUAUCAGAGAACUCGGACGUGUAGUCCUCGUUGCUUUCUUCUUCGCGGCUUGCCCGUUCUUCUGAGCAUCAGCGUGCCUCAGUCCAUCGGUCAGCAUGACAUUGGAUAUUACCUCUCCUUAUUAUCUUGGUUCCGGUGAUCAACCGGGGAAUCUUAUCACUCACAUGAUAUUCAAAGGCGAUAAUUACGUAGCAUGGUCUCGUGCUAUUUUAUUAUCCUUGAAGGCCCGGCGGAAGAACGUGUUCGUCGAUGGCACGCUCAAACGACUGGAAGCAGCGGACCAGCAGUCCAAUUGGGACACCGCCAACUCUAUGGUGGUGUCGUGGAUGUUACGAAGCAUGGAACCCUCCAUUGUCAAUUCAGUGCCGUUCCAUGAUGACGCUCGUAGCUUAUGGGUCUAUUUGGAGAAGCGAUUCAGCGUCGCUAACGGACUGCGUUUGCAGCAAUUGAAAGCUUCUAUCUCGGCCUGCAAACAGACGAAGAACAUGAGCGUUGAUAAUUACUACACCUUGUUAAUGGGACUGUAUGACGAAUUGUAUCGAUUGAAACCUCUGCCGGUUUUUACGUGCUCUAAUUGCACGUGUAAUAUUGUUGGGAAGAUUGAGGCCGAACGUGCUGAAGAACGGCUUCACCAGUUUCUUGUUGGCAUAGAUGACGAGUUAUAUGGCACUGUACGUUCGAAUUUACUCUCCCAGGACCCCCUGCCCAAUGUUGAUCGCGCAUACCAAGCCUUUGUUCAAGAAGAGACGUCACGUGCUGCUAUUCGUGAGAAGAACAUUGCGGCCGACGUUCAUGCUUUCGCUCUGCCAAUGGACUGUUCCGCCAAGGGUCGCGUUGAAAAAUCUGAUAGCCCCAGGCCAACGUCCAGUCAUUGUAAACAGAAAGGUCAUGAAGUGGGCUCGUGCUUUAAGUUACAUGGGUAUCUGGACUGGUGGGAAGACCGGAACCGCCACAAAAGUACUCCGACUGGCCGUGGAGGGGGGGUUAGCAUGAACGCUGUAGCGGCUACCCUACUGCCAGCUCCUGAAACUGCUUCCUCAUCUAGUGUGGGGUCCAACACUGGCUCGGUUGUUUUGACCACUGAACAGGUGCAAGCGCUCCUCAAUUUACUUAAUACCGAUACUCGUUCAUCUGAUCGCAUGUCGGGACCUGUCCUCGAGGAACCUGAUUGGAGCCGGUGAACGGAGGGAUGGGCUCUUUUAUUUCAGACGGGUACCAGUUCUACAUCAUGUUCGGGCAUCCGUAGGAGUAUCAGAGUUUGAGUUAUGGCAUCGUCGUCUUGGUCAUCCUUCUGAUCGUGUUCUGAAGUUGUUACCUGCAUUUGGUUCCAGUUCGUCGCCAAAGAAGUUACCUACAAUCCUACAGUGUGUGAAGUUUGUCCUCAGGCAAAGCAAGUUCGUGAUUCUUUUCCUAGUAGUAUCAAUAAAGCUAGUAGAGCACUUGAACUCAUUCAUUGUGAUUUGUGGGGUCCAUAUAAAACCCCGUCUACAUGUGAUGUGAUUUAUUUUCUUACAAUUGUGGAUGAUUUUUCCCGGGCAGUUUGGGUCUAUAUGUUGCGUGACAAAAAGGAAGUGCGUCAGUUUUUUCUCUCUUUUAUUGCUAUGAUUGAGAAACAAUAUGCUGUAUCUGUCAAAACUGUGCGCAGUGAUAACGGGACCGAAUUUAA